AUUAUUCAUAACAUCUACUUCCCCAUGUCUACUGAAACAAUGCCUCAAAAUAAGAGUGUUACUGAGUUCAAACUGUUAGGAUUGACACAGGAUCCUAUGAAGCAGAAAAUGGUGUUCAUAAUAUUCUUAGUUGUCUACACUGGAACUGUGGUGGGAAAUUUGCUCAUUAUUGUGACCAUCAAGUUCAGUCGAUCUCUAGGGAGUCCCAUGUAUUUCUUUCUGUUUUAUUUAUCCUUGGCUGAUAUCUGCUUUUCAACUAGCAUCACCCCGAAACUCCUUGCAGAUGCUCUCUCUGCAAAGAAAGUCAUAUCCUACAAUGAGUGCAUGACUCAAGUCUUUGCACUGCAUUUAUUUGGCUGCAUGGAGAUCUUUGUCCUCAUCCUCAUGGCUGCUGAUCGCUAUGUGGCCAUCUGUAAGCCUCUGCAUUACCCGACUAUCAUGAGAAGACAGGUCUGCAUCAUCUUGAUUAUUCUUGCCUGGAUAGGAUCUUUUAUGCAUUCUAGUACUCAGAUUGUCCUGGCCUUGAAACUGCCCUUCUGUGGACCCAAUUUGAUUGAUCAUUAUUGCUGUGAUCUUCAGCCCUUGUUGAAACUUGCCUGUAUGGACACUUACGUGAUCAACCUCCUAUUAGUGACCAACAGUGGGGCCAUUUGCUUAAGCAGUUUCUUGCUUCUGAUGAUGUCAUACUUUGUCAUCCUGCACUCCCUGCGAAAUCACAGUGCAGAAGGGAGGAAAAAAGCCCUCUCAACUUGUACCUCUCACAUCAUUGUGGUCAUUCUAUCCUUAGGUCCCUGUAUAUUCAUGUAUACACGUCCACCAAUCACUUUUCCCAUGGACAAAUUGGUGGAAUUGUUUUAUACCAUUUGUACACCUUUUCUCAACCCACUCAUCUAUACCUUAAGGAAUGCAGAAGUAAAGAAUGCCGUGAGAAAGCUAUGGCGUUUCAAAAUUGGCUCAGAAAGCAAAUGA